AUGAAAAUCCCUAGCAUUUUAUUUUGUUUGCUUAUUUUUAAAUGGUCUUACACUGGAGGAACACCAGGAUUUCAAGUUACCAUUUCCAUUAGGAACGGAGUUCGUUGUAUGAAGAACUUGGGAUGCUUUGAAACGGGACCUCCUUUCGCCCAACCUAAAAGACGUCCGAUCAGCUACUUACCUAACAGCAGAGAGUUUAUCAGAACCAAAUUCCUUCUGUAUACCCAUCGAGAUCCUUGGUUCAACGAGAUUUUGAUUCCCGAUCAAAUAGAAACCAUCGAGAGUUCGAAAUUUAACUCUGAAUUGCCAACUAAAGUUAUAAUUCAUGGGUAUGUGGAUAGCAUUCUUCUAACCACUUCGAUAAAGAGGUUGACACUCCAGUUGUUUUCUGUCGGAGAUUAUAACGUGAUUAUUGUGGAUUGGUUUAUAGGAAGCACCUUUGCAUCGUACGCUCAAGCAGCGGCUAAUAUAAGAGUAGUGGGAGCAGAAAUUGCAUUUCUUAUCAAACGUCUUCAGCUCGUUAAGGGCGCUAAAUUAGAGACUUUUCAUCUCAUCGGUCACAGUUUUGGAGCACACGCUUGCGGAUAUGCGGGCAAACGACUGAGCAAUGUCGGAAGGAUAACUGGUUUGGAUCCGGCAGGUGCUUAUUUUCGUAACGUUUCUCGUAAGGUUCGAUUGGAUGCUUCGGAUGCGAUGUUUGUCGACGUUAUUCAUACGAAUGCAGCCGAAUCAAUAUUUGAAGGUUUCGGGACGAACGAAAUGAUUGGCCAUGUCGACUUCUUUCCUAACGGAGGUCACAAUCAUCCGGGAUGUAACACUAUGCGCGAAAAGAAAAAAUCUAGGACCUUCUUAGAAUUCAUCAGACCUCAAAUAGAAUGCGAUCAUAGACGUGCUAUAGAGUUCUUCAUCGCAUCCAUUAGAUAUCCGGAAUGCUUCGUUGCUGUUUCGUGCCGUAGCUAUUUGGAUUUUUCAGCAGGAAGAUGUAGUUGCUCCGACGAAACACCUUGCGUUUUCAUGGGUUUUCAUGCAGAUCAAUUUGAACAUCUCAUACGGAAUACGUCUGGCAUCUUUUAUCUAGAUACUAGUAGUGAUUAUCCUUACUGUGCUAAAAAUAGACUUAUUUUCAAUUAUAGAAUGAAAACUCUGUUACUUAUAAACUAUUAA